AUGCUCACCAAAACACCGCCCCAGCUGAAUCAACUUUUUGAGGAGAUGGCAGAGCAAGGCUAUGAUUGGGGAAUUGCGAGGAGAUCGAGACGAGCACCAGGACGGGGUGUGCAUGUUGUAUCCACCCAGUCAUCCGAUUUGGUGCAGGUGGUAUCGAAGCUGGUUUCAGCCAUUGAUCGUUCCGGGAUGAUUGCAGGUACCGGACAGCAGCAGGCGAUGCUCUGCCAGUGGUGCGAGAGCACCCAUCACACGGUGGAAGACUGCCAAGCGAUGAGGGAGUCGACCACACCCCAGGAGCAGGUGAACUUCAUCAAUAAUGCUAGGCGAAAUGACCCCUACAGUAACACGUACAACGAGGGGUGGCGCCAGCAUCCCAACUUCUCCUGGGCUGGGGCCAGUCCUAGACCACCGGCCUCCCAAGGACCUCCUGGCUUCUAG